AUGAUUUCCUAUAGCUUGGCAGAGCUAUCUACAGAUUCCUCUGCGACCAACGAUCCUCCUGGUACCCUUAUAGAAAUCGACGAUAGAAAUCCGACGAUGUCAAGAUUUCAACGCGCAUUCAAGGAUGCUCCAAAGUAUUUCAAGGUCACUUUAUCAGAAAAACGGGCGACAAAAGUUGAUGAUAAGUACAAGCUAAGAUUGGACGUUUCAUAUGAUGCCUUUGAGAUAAUCUUAAAAAAUUCCGCUCCUUCAAGACCUCUAUUUAUAUUGUCAAGAAAUCUUUGUAGAGAGACCGUCGAUUCCCCAGUUUUUCCAUCGAUUGAUGAGGAAAUUAUUUGA